ACUGUGAGUGGCGUGACGCCAAAUGAAUUGUUUCAGCCCAUUGACAGUCCUGUCGCGGUGGAUCUCUCAGCCGACUUCUACACCGGAGGUAUCUUAUCAUCCGUAGACACACAUCCUGCAUAG